UAAGUGGUUCAUCUAUGAUUCUCACCAUCAAUGCCGAUGGAUACCUUGUGGUUCUCAAUGACAGAGCAAGUUAUAGGGUGAGUGAUGAUGAUUUAUCCUCAAGCCAAAUCGUGAGUGCAACACUGUUGGAUUCUGGGAAUUUGGUUUUGAGAAAUGGGAGCUCUGAUAUACUAUGGCAGAGCUUUGAUUACCCUUUGAAUACUUUUUUACCUGAAAUGAAGCUUGGUUACAGUAAGAAAACUGGAAAAGUUUGGUCUUUAACGUCUUGGUUAGACCAACACGACCCAAAUAAAGGGGAUUUUGAGGUGAAAAUGGAUUCUACAACAUCGGAUGCAUUUGUACUCAUGAGGGGUAAUGAAACAAGAUGGAGCAGUGGUGCUUGGAACGGACAGGGUUUUGAUUUCAUGCCUGAAAUGAGAUUGAAUUACAUCUUCAACUACACCAUGUAUAGCGACGAAAACGAAACAUAUCUUUCGUAUUCGGUGUCUAAUAAUUCUCUAACUAGAUUCCUCCGCAGCUCCGGACGAAUUGGACAGUCUACAAUACAUGGCUUGAAAGUAAUCAACAGUGGAACAUGUUUUGGGCUCAUCCAAGAGAAGUGUGUAACAUUUUUAACGCUUGUGGUCCAUUUAGCUGCUGCAGCAGUGACAGUUGUCUGUGCUUGCGAGGCUUUUACCCAUCAGAGAAGCGGAUAA